AUGACACUAGUCCUGUUUCAGCAACCCUUGCAAACAUCAAGGCCCGUGCUGAGGUAUCAGCCUUCUCGAUUGCUGAACAUAGUAGACGGCACCCCUCCCGACACCACGUAUACUCCUCCAUCUGCGUUUUCUUAUGGGCUCCACUCGUUUGCUCGAGACCCAAUCUCUCAUGCUCUUUUGAUAUGUAUCGUGGUUGCUCGUCUGUUAGCGCAAUCUCCGAGGAUAUACGCAAGCGUCUUCAGCAAUUAUUCUUGGAGGUUUGCGUUCGCGCAAAGAAAGCCAAGGAAGGUAUCCGCAGGAGACGAAGCUGUAUCACCUGUCAAGAAGACCAUGUCAAGUUUCUGGGCCAACACAAAUAUCGAACAACAACUACCCCACGUGGCGGUCUCUGAGUGGCCUGAAAUGCGGCCGAUCACCCACGAUGAAGCUUUCUGCUUGCGCCCUACUCCAACACCAUACCAUUUGGACGUUGAGCUGUUCAGGGAUGCUAGAGAUAGGAGUCAUGGAUGA